GCCCGGGUCCCCGCCGCGCCUCCCGCCGCCCGCCCGCGCGCGCGCGCCCCCCCGGCCACCCCGGCCCGGCCUUCCGCUUUUUCUCUUCCGAUGCCCUGCUUCCCUGUGUGUGCGGGCUGGGAUGCGCGGCCAGGCCCUCGCUCGCGCGGCCGCCGCGGGUCCCCCGGGCGGACCCCGACGCGCCGCGGGGGAGGCGAGGACCGCGCCCGCGUGGGGUGCCGGCCGGCGGAAGGGGCCGCCCGCGGGCUGGGGACGCGGGGCACGCCGUCGGGGACCGGGAGCCGCUUUCCGUCUCCACUUGUUCUUCUCUCCCGCCGCGCGGCCCCCAGCAGCUCCGGGUUUUUAAUGUUUGGGCGAGUGGAGGAGGCAAGGGGCAGAGGCGACCACGUCCGCCUUUUCGUUUCUCCCCGGGGCUCCAGCCAGAGGGCACCGGCGGGGACCCGAGAAAAACACCACCCUCUCUCGCGGGCACCCAACCUCUUUAGAUUUCGGGAAGGGUCAUGGUAUCGGCUUAUACACAUUCCCUGCAUAACGGGUCGUGGUUUUUGGCCCAAAGUGCGAAUCUACACCACUGAGCAGAUCGGUUCUUGUGAAGCGGAGGAGCCCAUUUCCGAAGGUCGUGAGGAUGUGGACAGCUCACUUUGAUCUUUUACCCUGUCAAUCAUGAUUCUCUUUGCAUUCAUGACCUUCAGUCACCAACUUAACCAUCAGGUCUUCCUUCUCUAGAUCUGCCCCGUCCCUGAGGCCGUCCACGACUGCUUGCCACCGCCACCAGUGAACGAUAUCCAGGUGGGUCCAUGCUCACCCUUCUGUUGCUACCGGUUUUGUGUCAGUGUCCCUCCUGCCUCCCCUCUUUCCUUAGUUAACACCACUCAGCCUUCAGAUGACCUGAGACAAGAUGGGAUGCCCUUUGUCGUAUGUCCUUACAACACCAUCAGUCUUUCCUUCAUGGACCUUAUAUUUGUGUAUAUGCUUAUGCCAUCCAGCACACAGCAUGGAGGCAAUAGAGUGGGUGUUAACAAGUGAACCCUGGAUCCAGACUCUGCACUAGCUGAUCUUGGGCAAGUGUCUUCACUUCUCUAUGCCGAAAUUUCUGUAUCCAUAAAAGGAAGAGGCCCUUUCAGAGAGUGUUAAUGUGUUAGUUUAUGUAGAGUACAAAAAAUAUGUCUGGCAUGCACUAACCGCUACAUAAGUGAUCACUGCUAUUAUUGUGAAUGUGACUGUUUGAUUAAUGUCUGUUUCCCAACCCUCAUUAGUUGUGAAGUGAAAGAGAGGUCUGGUUUUUUUUUAUAAAUUUAUUUAUUUAUUUUAUUGGCUGUGUUGGGUCUUUUUUGCUGUGCACAGGCUUUCUUUUAGUUGCGGUGAGUGGGGGU